CUAAUGUUCAUGUCCCCGGUAAGCUCGUUUGAUCGUAGAAGAAGCACAAUCAAGUUUUAUCGGCUUUCUCUUAUCUAUGCCAUAACCUUUACCGUUAACUUUAUUCUCUCCACGAUCUGGAAGCGCAGAGACCAAUUUUUCAACGAUGAAGGCAGUGUUCCCUGCAAAGGCAAAGGUCAAGCUAAAUCUGAUCAUAAAAAAUGGAGAACUUGAAGCUAGUAGAGAAGGUUGUGAUUCUUCCGGAGAAACCCACGAAGUGCAGACGCAUUUUCCUAUCUAACAUAGACCUGUCUCUUGUUGUAUAUCAAGAAUCCGUCUCAUUUUUUGAUCCUCCAAAGAAUAAAAUUAGCUUCUCUGAAGCCUGCAAUAGCCUGUAUACUGCGCUUGCUCAUUUGCUAGUGCCUUAUGACUUCUUUGCUGGACGGCUUGUCCCUGCACUCGAAGAUGAUAAUCGCUUCGAGAUAGACUGUAAUAGUGCUGGAGUUGUUGUUGCUGCUGCAAAAACUGGCUCCACGUUGAACCAACUUGGUGAGCUUUUAACACCCAAACCGGAGUUCAGACAAUUUGUCGCUUUCUUGCAUGAAGAGAGUGAAGAAGAAAUGGAGCUUCAACACAAGCCUCUUCUCCAUUUACAGUUAACAGAGAUGGGAUGUGGAGGCCUGGCACUGGCCUCCCGGUACAACCACUGUGUCCUGGAUGGGAUUGCAGCUCGCGAUUUUGAGAAGAAUUUAGCUGCUUUAACUCGUGGAGAUGAAAUUGUGGUGCUGCCAAAUCCUGAUCGAACGGUCUUCAAAGCGAGGAACCCACCAAGAAUCACUCACCCGCACUACGAGUACUCCACAGCUGCCUGCGAGACAGACAGCUUAUUCACAGUUUGUGGGACGAGUGGCAUCAAUGUCAAGGACUGGUCACCACAUAAUAAUAAGACUUGCUUGAUCUAUAUGUCCCCCAGAAGGAUUGCCAGCUUGAAGAAGGCAGCUCUCAAGGAUGGGAAAUUAGGAAAAUGCAGCAGUUUCCAAGUUGUGGCUGCCAAGAUAUGGAAGGUAAGGAGCAUUGCAGUGAAAAUGCAGGAAGAGAUAAUCAGCACCAUGUUAUUUCCAGUGGAUGCUCGAAGAAUUGUGGUGCCACCAACCCCGAUUGGAUUUGCUGGAAAUGCAUUGGUUCCUGGAUUUGCACGAUUAAAAGUGAAGGAAUUGAAGGAUAGAGAAGAGUCUUACUUGGUGAGGAAAGUGCAAGAAGGGAUGGAAAGAUUGGAUGAUGAGUAUGUGAGGUCUGGGAUAGAUUGGCUUGAGGUUCACAGAGGGGCACCUUGCAGAGAAAACAGCUUUUCGUUGGUGGCCUGGUUUAGAUUAGGACUAGAAGAAGAUGUGUUUUCAUGGGGCAAAAUUAAAUGUGUGACACCAAUUGUGGUAAAACCUGGUUUGGUCAUUCUUUUGCCAGGGCCACAAGGGGAGGGAGGCCUUCAUGUCUGCCUACAACUGCCUGAUGAUCAAAUGGAUGAAUUUUGUAGAUUAUUGGUGGAAGAAUAAGGAGAUAUUUGCGCAUGGCUUAUGAGACCAAUACAUAUAUAUAUCAUUAUUCUUUGAUUGGGCUUUUCCUUGGAGCAAUUUUAAAGAGGACAAUUUUUCCAGAAAAUGGACUUUAAUGAAGGUUAAUAUCUCAAUUUAUAUGAUUAGCUGCUAAUUCCAGAGAAAUGGCUUUGUUAGCAUAACAAAUCAGAGAAGUCACUUACCUGGAACAAUAGGUUACUGAUUCUGAUAUUCUGGAAUUUUUCCAAGUCAGGAUUCUUUGCAACAUUCCCCACAUAAAUCAAAAGAGCUUGUGAGGCCCUUCUGAC